UCGGUUCCACGUUUCAAAAUUUCACCACUGGCGUGACUACAUGCAGCAGCGGGCCGACAAUCGCAUCGCCAAAUUUAUGGCACGCUACGACGCCCUCUAUGCUAUUAUUAAGGCCUGGCCAGAUACCUUAUUCUAUACACUUGGCCUUCCUCAAUCCUCCUUCCAUGCCUCAUUGCUCCUCCUCGUCAAUUCGAACGGUUCGCUGACCGCAUCCUCGAUCGGCGCAAACACGGUCGCGGUUACUAACAUCUCGUGCGCUGAUGCGGCUAUGGCCCCGAGCACGACGAGUGGCUGCUAGGCUCCGAGGUCGCUGACCUUGCAGUGCUUGAUAACUUCCUUCUCACGCUCGACG